GUAAUGUUUUUUGUUUUUGGCAUCACAGAAAAAAAAAAAACAAAAAAAAGGUGGAAAAACAAAAAUCAAAAGGCACUUCUAUAAACCCAUAAUAAUCAUAGUUAUCCCCAAGGUGGUGUCACGGUCGUGUGGGAGUGCCAAGAUACGGCAAUACUAUUUUAAUGGCGGCCGUUCAAGUUUGAAUUCCCCAUCACCUUAUAAACCGUUGAUUUUGUUACAUCCUCAAGGGGUUUUCACGAUUCGUCAAAAUACUACCUGUGUCAGUCUUACUUUCUCUUAUUAUCACUGAGUUUUACAUGUGCUUGCUAAAGGUGGCGAACCAGCGGGGCUCAGGCGAGUUUGUCAGGUUUCCGGCUCAAGACAGUGGGGGCGGAGGCGAUGAGUUGGAGAGAGAUGGUCAAGAAGGACCAUCAGAAAUCUCACAAACACAAGAAAUGUACCAGCCAAUACACCCUGUGGAUGUGACGGCACGGGAGCCAAUGUUUUCGGAUAACACCAGGGCUAGAGAGAUGUCGGCGAUGGUCACGGCGCUAAGGCACGUGGUGUCAGGCCAGAGACAAAGUGGUGUAUGGCGGCAGGCCGCUGAUAUGAGCGGUUCAACCACGUCAGGCUUUGGAGGGCUUUAUAAUUAUCCUUCUCCACCACCUUUGCCGGCUUACUCUUCUAGUUAUACUUCUCCUUCUCCGCCUUUGUCGGCUCUCUCUUCUAGCUCUGGCUCUGGUUUUGCCUCUGCUUCUGGCUCUGGCUCUAGCUCAUGGGCUGGGCAAAAAAGAGGGCGUGAAGAAGAGGGUGUUAGUGUUACUCAGUUGAUUGAUCAGUCCAUUCCAAGAAAUUAUAGAGGGCCCGUUGCUGAUUUCAGAUUAUCACUGGGAGAUUCAGCAUCUGGUGCAACUGUAACAGAAGAAGCUACAAAUAAUUUUGCAACCACCACCACCCCCACCGAUCCGGCAGCGCCAUCAAGCGAAAAUGCGUCCUACGAAGAAACCGGCGAGAGAAGGAGAAGAUACAGAGGAGUGAGGCAGAGGCCAUGGGGCAAAUGGGCAGCCGAGAUACGCGAUCCCCACAAGGCUGCGAGGGUCUGGCUCGGCACAUUCGACACCGCCGAGGCCGCAGCCAGAGCCUACGACGAAGCCGCCUUGAGAUUUAGAGGCAACAGAGCCAAGCUCAAUUUCCCUGAAAAUGUCAGACUAGUAGCGCCUCCACAAAAUUACUCCGCGGCGGCCUCAGCAUCAGUAUCAAUUUCAGAUUCUCCGGCAACCCAGUUGCCUUCAACACCGUCGUCGCAGCAAUUGCAGCCACAGUUCUUUCAGCCUCAACCUUAUCAAGGCUCCUCUGACAUUCUCAGGGACUACAUGGAGUACUCCCAGUUGCUCCAGAGUUCUGGGGAGUUUCAUAUCGGACAGCAACCCUCAACUUUGGUGGAGCAGAUGUUCUAUAGGUCGCAGUUGGCUUCUCUUCAACCACCGUUUUUGUCAUCGUCUUCUUUAGCUUCUUCAUCUUCAUUAUAUGCACCCUCUGUUUCUUCGUCCUCUGCUUCAUUUCCUCUGUUUUCUGAUCCGCACAUGGGCUAUUCUCGACCACCCGGGAAUCAGAAUCAGAGCAGCAGCGGCGGCGGUUCUUCAGAUUUUCCAGCGCUGCCAUCGUGGUCCGAUUCCAGUCACUAUCGUAGCUCUUCAAGUUAAAAUUGAUCACAUAAUUGUUUUUUUUGUUCAAAAUAAUUAGUAUUAUUUUGUUGUUUUUUGGUUUAUGAUUUAUGAUUUUAAUGUACUUUUGCAUUAGCAUGUUGCUUUGGGGUUUA